GAAGUUUCGAAGGAUUUUUUGCUUCCAUGUAUCAAUAUUGUGAUUAUUCUGGAGAUUGCAGCGGCGUAUGUUUCAGAUGUAGUUCCUGUAGUACUUUGUUCCUGUAGUACUACAUGCCUCUUGUUUACCUUGUUAAAGUAAUAUGUGGUUUCCUCGGUGCGUCCGCGCUCUUCUCAGUGUCUUUAUCGUCACUAGUUCUUUAAAUGUGUUUACGGCGCUUUCAGCAGCAAAACAGCCUCAUAUCGUUUUCAUCCUGGCUGACGAUUAUGGUUGGUAUGAUGUUGGCUACCACGGAUCUGAGAUUAAAACACCAAACUUAGACCAACUGUCCGCGAGUGGCGUCCGCCUGGAGAACUACUAUGUCCAGCCCCUGUGCACCCCGUCCCGCAACCAGCUCAUGACGGGCAGAUACCAGAUCCGUACAGGAAUGCAGCAUAGCAUCAUAUGGCCCUGUCAGCCAUACUGUGUCCCACUGGAUGAGACAUUACUGCCACAGCUGAUGAGAGAAGCCGGCUACUCCACACACAUGGUUGGCAAGUGGCACCUGGGCAUGUACAAAAAAGACUGUCAUCCUACCAAAAGGGGCUUUGACUCAUACUUUGGAUAUCUAACGGGCAGUGAGGAUUACUACGACCAUAUCCGCUGUGCUCCAAUAACCCCUCUGAAUCUAACUCGGUGUGCACUGGACUUCAGAGAGGGAGAAGAGGUUGCCACUGCUUAUAAAGGCGCCUAUUCCACUGAGCUUUUCAGUGAAAGAGCCUCCAGGAUAAUACAAACACACAAAUCCAAUAAGCCACUGUUCCUCUAUGUGGCAUUGCAAGCAGUCCACGCCCCUCUGCAAGUCCCUGAACGCUACCUGACGCCCUAUAGUUUCAUCAAAGACCAUAAUCGACGAGUCUACGCUGGCAUGGUGUCUGCUAUGGACGAGGCUGUGGGCAACAUUACCUCGGCCCUUAAACAAAGUGGGCUUUGGGAAAACACUGUGCUGGUUUUUUCAACAGAUAACGGUGGUCAGACCUUGACUGGUGGCAGCAACUGGCCUCUAAGAGGGAGGAAGUGGACCCUGUGGGAAGGUGGUGUCCGAGGAGUGGGCUUUGUUGCUAGUCCGCUAAUAAAUCAGCCAGGUAGUGUAAAUCGUGAGCUUAUCCACAUCUCUGACUGGCUGCCUACACUGGUGAAUCUGGCAGGUGGCAAGACUAAGUCCACUAAACCAUUGGAUGGAUUCAAUGUGUGGAACACAAUCAGCAAAGGCCACGCCUCUCCCAGACUGGAGCUCCUGCAUAACAUUGACCCUUUAUUUGAAGACACUUCUCCAUGCCCUGGGAGCAAAAGCAAGUUAACUUUGGCUCAGAACGACAGUGGAAACUCCUGGGCUCACUCUGGCUUCAAUGUAUCCAUUCACGCAGCUAUUCGAUGGUCAAACUGGAAACUGCUAACUGGCUAUCCAGGUUGUGAUGUUUGGUUCCCUCAACCUGACAGCGACAAUUCUGAGUCCAAAAUCCUUGAAAUGCACUCACUGAAGCCAGUCAUGCUAUUUGAUGUUGAGAAAGAUCCAGAGGAGAGGACUGAGUUAUCUGCUAAGUUCCCUACAGUAGUUGACUAUCUUCUUGGUCGACUCAGCGUCUACCAGAAACAGGCAUUACCAAUAAACUAUCCUGAUGAAGAUCCCAAGUGUGACCCAGGCCCUGAGGGAGCUUGGGGGCCAUGGGCCUAGAAUGGGACUAAUGAAGGUAUAUAAAAAUGUUACCUUGGCCUGUUGCAAAUACAUUUUGAUGUUAGUACAGAAAAUAUCAUGAGAAACAAUAAUUAAGAAACUAUUCCCUGUUCCCUUUUUCCAGCAAGUUGCAGUAAAUUAAUAUCAGAAAUAAACAUUAUCAGUAAUUUGACACUCAGCUCAAAUGUUUAUGUUUAUUGUUUCCUUACCAUUGCUGUUUUCUUGUUCUUACCAUGGUUGGUAUGUUUUUCUUUCUGUUGCAAUUUAGAAAUGCCCCAUGUUACUUAUAGUAACACUGUACAGCUAAAUUAUUGUCAGUGACCUUUUGCUGCAUUUAUUGUCAUGAAUAGAAUGAAUCUAUGAGUAUGUAUAUGUAAUAUAUGUAUAUAUGAUAUAUAUGGUUUGGAUGUGUGUGUGUGUGGGGGGGGGGAGGUGGAGGUGUGUGUGUGUGUGUGUGUGUAUGUAUAUAUAUAUAUAUAUAUAUAUAUAUAUAUAUAUAUAUAUAUACACACACACAUACGCUUUUGGUAAAGGUUUUAAUGAAUUGUUUCCCUGUUAACAUCUUUUGUUCAAGUACCUUUGUUACAAGCUCUGGCCUUUUCUUAAUAAUGUUCGCC